GAGUCGCGCGAGAAAGAGAGAGAGAGAGAGUCGCACGAGAGAGUCGUGCGAGACAGAGAGUCGCGCGAGACAGAGUCGCGCGAGAAAGAGAGAGAGAGAGAGUCGUGCGAUGAAGCGCCCGAGAGCGCCGGUCGGCACGCGAGGGGUGGACCGCCGCCGCGCCGUGGGUCGUGGGGAGGGACGGGGCUGGGGGAGGGCAAGGCAGGCGUUUGAUUGUGUUUGUCCGGGCACUGGGGAGGGAUGGGUCUCGGGCUGGGGAGGGAAUGUGUUUGCGCGGGUGUGGGACGGGGACAAUGACCGGGGUUUGGGAGUAUGACCGGGGGAGGGGAGUUUAAAUGACGAGGGAGAGAGACGACGGACGAUGCGGCGGAGGAAAGGAGACGUGACGGAAUAAGGGAGCGAUCAGAUGACAGCAAACGACUGAGCGAGCGAGCGCAUGGAAAUGUUGGCCCCGAACACAUGACCGAGCAAGUGCCAGUCAGGCGCGGAAUACCCUAUCCGCUGAACAUCAAGGUCCGAGGAUCACGACGCAUUUGCUCAAAUCACGUGUUCGCGGCCAAUUACUGAGGUAUGUUUGGGGCGCACGCGGGAAAAGGGUUAUGGACUUGGUGAGGAGGAGGGAUGACGGAUUGUGAGUGAAAGAGCAGGGUCUGAGACUGAUAUUGAGACUGAGACAGAGACAGAGACGGAGACAAAGACAGAGACAGAGACGAAGGCUGAACAGAGAGAGUGAGAGAGAGAGAGAGUAAGCGAUAGAGAAUAGAGAGACAGAGAGAGAGAGAGAGAGGGAGAGAGAGAGAGAGGGGAGAGAGAGAGAGAGAGAGAGAGAGAGAGAGAGAGAAACAGACGAAUGAGAGCGGGGAGUGCAUGGAUGUGUGAGACCACCAGCUAACGUGAGUGGUGGAUGUCGGCCCGGUUUUGGGUUAGGCAUGCUGUAUUACAACUGUGGUUAGACUAGUUUCUACAUGGUGGUGGACUGGUUCGAGGUUUCGCUGUCAUUAAUAAAAAUCCACAUUCCCAUUCAAAAUUAUCGAACGGUCACAAACCUUUCCCCAUAGUGAAUGCUGUAACAGAUGAAGCGUAAUAAGGUAACUACAUUUAGUCAGAUUUCAUGUGAACCGAGGCUGCAAGUGUUAAUGAUUCAGAAAAAUGUAUGCCGCAGAGUGUCGCGAUGUGUGUAUGUGUGUUAUGUACGGGCCGGAAUGAUUGAGGGGAGGGAAAGCCCCUGCUCUCCCACGGGCGACGGCGGUGAUCCGUUCUCCAACUCGCCGCACCGUACGCCAGCCGCCCCGCCGCUCCCGGCGGCGACUACUGCCGCAGCAAGUCGGGGGCGGUGGGCGCGCGGCCGCCGACCCCGCCGCUCCAGCCGUCUGCGCGGCUGCCCGGAAGCCGCGGCACUCAAGAGCCGCGGCGGUACGGGCGGCUGCGCGCGGCCGCCGACCUCGCCGUUCCGGCCGUUCACCUCGCCUCCCGGUCCGCCGCAGCAUUCAAGAGCCGCGGCGGGAGGGACGAAGCUCUACCGCCCAUCUCGCUGCCCAAAAUGCCCGCUGCCCCGCGCCGAUCCCGCGGCUACUACUGCCGCGCCAGCUCGGGGCGGCGGCACUCGCCCACGGACCUCCGCCCGCCCGCCUCCAGCGACGAUAACGCCCGCGGCAGGACGGGAGCGGCGGCGCUCAUACGGCCAUCAGGCCGCGCGAUCCGCCAGCCGUCCCGUUCAGCCCCCGGCAGUACGGCGGGCGGCGGAGCUCGGCCCGUCUCACCACCGCGCCGGUCAGCAGCCUGCGGCCGCCCCACUGGAAACCGCGGUGCCAAUGGCCGCGGCGGUACAGUGUGUGACGGCGGCCGGGCCGGCCGACCUGACGGCCCCGCCGGCUCUGCACGGGCUGGGAUACAGCCGAACCACCUGUCGACAGCCGCCCGAUCCAGAACCAGCGGCCCGAGUAUCCGCGGCAGCAUAUGGUCGGGCGGCAGCUUCAGGUGCCGGCCGUGCAGAGGCGCCACAUGACAGCUCCCGGGGGUCGACGCCCUCCACCGGUGGCGUACCCAGCUGGCGGCAGCGUGACAGGCGGCGGGCACGGCGCACCACCCGCGCACAUGAGCCGCCGUCGUCGCCGCCGCCACCGCCACCUGGUGGUUAAUCGACGCCCUAUACCGGUGGCGCACCAAGCUGGCGGCAGCGUAACAGGCGGCGGGCACGGCGCACCACCCGCGCCCAUGAACCGCCGCCGUCGCCGCCGCCACCGCCACCUGGUGGCGCGACCCCGGGACGCCUAGCGGGAGCCGUCCAACUCUGAGGCGGGCAUGGCAGAAGAAGACGGUCGCCCCGACACCUAGCGGCGCGCGAGCACUUACAAGCGGGGGCAGCAGCUGCAGCUCGGGAGGUCCCGGACUGUGGCGGUGGCACUGGGAUAAAGGUACGGCCGCCCAAGAAGGCGGCCAUCUAUCAAGGUGUCCACCGCCCGCUACAACCGGCCAUGGGCAGCAGCGUGCGCCCCCGGCAGUGCAUCGCGCGCCGCCGUUCGAGGCGGCCUGUGCAGCGCGGAUAGACUCAGGGCGGAAAGGAAGGAGCGGAAGGAACUCGAGGCGAUGCGGGCGAGCGGAUCAGUGCGGGUCACGGAUUGGAGCGGCGAACAAUACGGCAAGCGUGUGAUGCGAUUGGCAGGAGAACGGACACGGACGAACAUUGAGAGGGAGCUUGGGGCUGGGCGAUCGAGUGUAAUGUACUGAUGUAAGUUGGAUGUAUGUGGUAUGAAUGAUUCAGGCAGGAUAAUUAUUGGUACAGAUCAUAGCGCAAGCUUCACCUGGAGAGUAAGGGGACCCCUUUUUGACCGUUCGAGGGAGGGGGCAUUAUUAUGUAAGGGCAAAAUUCAUACGUCGGAGAGAAAUGGCGGGCCGGAGUACCAGAGUGCGUGUAAGGCCAGUCCGCCGCAUGAUAGCCUCCGGCGGGAAAGGCGUGCCCGCCGGGUGAAAGGCUGCGGCUGGCCGGCACCUGGGACUCGCGGGCCCGCCUCUCGUGGCAUUUGCCAGUGCGGUGUCGUCGGGGCAACAUCUUUCGGUAAGCGAACUUUUCCCUCCCCCCUAAAUUAACGCCGCAGCGCCCAGGCGCUGCGGAAGUCCCCGACAAAUGUCCUGGAUUUCAUUUGGCUUUCCGACCCGCCGCAAAUAGCGGUGGGCACUCCCGUUUUAUAUCCAGGACAGUCCCAUCUAAAUUAUAAUUAAUCGGCGCGGCGCGUGGCGUAUAUGAGUGAGCGAUUGUAAGUGUGAUGUGUAUAGUGUGCGUGAGGAAAAUGAUCCGAGAGAAUGACACUUCGUCCCGCGAGACCCAAAAUACAAUGUAAUGGGAAUGUGAGCCAAAUCUUUGAAUUGGGUAAAGGCAGAUGCCGGGCUGAUACACGGUGAACGUGAACGAACAAUCAUACGGGCCGCUUAGUUUAAUACACCCGGGUGGCAGGCGGGCAUUGUAGAGUAACUUUGAUUAACGUAAUGUCUGUACAUGGGGGGAACCAUUAAAAGGUUGCCGGUUCCGAUGCUUGAAACCCCUACA